UGCACAUCCCACCAACGUCAGAAUGAUGAUAUCCUUUUCUCUAUUUAUCAUCCGCUGUUAUACUUAUCCCUACUCCACAGACAUAGGCGAUCGUCCGCAACCGUCCAUAAUCCGGCACAGAUAGCUCUUACACCGGCCACAUCAGUAGCUCACCAUGUCGAAAAUCCAGCCGUCAUACAACGCUCCUCAAUACCCCUCAAGUGCCCCGCUUCCACCUCCAAGGCCGAACUCUACCGUCUAUCCAUCAACAUAUGACUACCGAGCGACACCGAUACCUCCUCCAAGACCGUCAACGGCCUACAUUGCACGUUAUGCUUCCGAAGUGUCACAUGGCCAGCCAAGCUCGUCGUCUUGGUCUCAUCCUCAGCAGUUUCCGACAAUGUCUGAAACACCUCAAAUACCUCUGAUGAGCGAUUCAGGACAGUUUGCUACACCACAAUCUACCCUGCUUCCUCAUUCAUCCCAGGCGGCUGGACGUCCUGGGGCUUCCUCGUAUUCUCGACAGAAUGACUAUCGAUCUUCGAACUACUCAACCGGCAUCCCAGCAAGCCUACAGGGAGAACACAUUGUGUCGGGCUCUGUGGUUCCAUCGACGACAUUUAUUCCGGAACCGACCAGCUCUAUGCCACCUCCGACGUCAAGCUUUGAUCCAAGACCGUUUGCAACUAUUGAAGCCCAGCCGACGACCUCAAACAACUUUUCCAAUUCCGAGGCCGGAGGUUUUGCACCUGCUCCUCCAAGGUCAUCUUCACUGAACCAGCCAUAUCUUGGUCAAGCACAGACACCUACGCUACCAGCACCCAGACUUACAACACCUACCAAUCCUAUUAAACUCCACCCGUGCCCGACUGCCGAAUCACUUACAUAUGCUUCUGCAAAACUUGACAGUUGGACAGACGCACACCAGAUUACCUGGGCUCAAGACGUAGUGAGAUUGGUGGAAAGAUAUUGGCAGCAAACCAGCAAUGCCGACCAUUUCGAACAACCACCGUCGCCUCCAUCAGACAGUCAACACCUCAGUAUUACCUUGCAGCGUCUACUCGAUACUGCAGCUCCCAUCGUGAUUGCAAUUUCAGACAGCGAUAUCAAAGAGCAUGCCUCACUAGCCCUGUACUUGAAAGGGAAACUGCUCUCUUCAGGUGCUUCUCCAGCGCUUUUACCAAAGGAUAAGAGGCAAUCGUUCAAGGACUUUGAGGGAGCUGCGAGAAAGGGCGAAAAGCGGGCAUGGUAUAGACUCGGCAAGGAUUAUGAAGCUGUGAAUGAUCUUGACCGGGCUGGUGACUGCUAUGAUCGUGGUGCAAAAGCAGGAGAUUGUGAAAGUGCGUUUAGAAUGGGCAUGGCUCACUUGCUAGGCCAACUCAACUUUCUUCCAGAUCCGGCCACUGGCUUGUACUUUCUCCAUCAAUCAUCCGACACUGCGAGCAUCGAUUUUCCCCAAGCAUCCUACGUAUACGGCAUGCUCCUCGCAGGUGACAUCACUCUACAAACCAACUUGCCACCGAGUCUCAUCAUCCCUCCAACAUCUCCACCCACCGACGCUCUCUUGGCCCAGCAGAAUCUCGCGUGCGAAUCAAUCGCGCGCGCCGCCUACCUCAAUUAUCCCGCAGCCCAAUUCAAACUCGGCCAAAUGUAUGAACACGCCGAUCUGGGCUGCGUAUACGAUCCUAUCGCUAGUGUUGCUUGGUACACGUUUGCAAGCCAGAACGGGGAGAUGGAAGCAGAUAUGGCGUUAAGCAAAUGGUUUUUAUGUGGAGCGGAAGGACAUUUCCCGAAGAAUGAGAGUAGCGCGAAGACGUAUGCGGAGAAGGCUGCUAGGAAAGGUCAUCCGAAUGGGUGUUUUGCAUUGGGGUACUAUAAUGAAAUUGGCGUAGGCACAGAUGUCGACCUGGAACAAGCCAGGAAAUGGUACGAAAAAGCUGCAAAGGCAGGCAAUGCCGAAGCCUCUACACGCCUUGCUGCACUAUCCCUUCCCGUACCAACGGCCAUCUCAAUGAACGAACACCAAUCCCGUCUUAAUGACACUCUCGUCCGCAAACACACUACGGCAAAACUUCGUUCUGACCGCAACAAAUCUUCUCGACCUGUGCGUCAGCAAAUCUACGAGUCUCAACACCCUCCUCCUCUUCCUAGCUAUGGCCAGACAAACUCACUGCUCGAGUUUGGGCAAGUGAGUCAAAUACAAAUGCCCAUGGCGUUACCUAAGUCUCCACCUCCCAUCUCACACACACCUUCCCCCGUAUCGUCAUUAACUGUGCCCCCUAUGAAUUAUUCCUCCCAUCAACCUCAACCUUCUUACGCCCUUCAAGACCCUCCUAUUAACCCUUCCCGACCUCCUAUGCAUGAGCACCAAUAUUCUUCCCAUUCCACUUCUACCACCUCCACUGGAGGUGGACGCCAGUCGAGCAGCACCCCAAGGCCGAUAUCGGUGGUUGACCAUCGUCGAAUGAGUACAGUUAGUUCAAGCGUUAAUGACUUUCCUGUUCUCAGUGCAUCUUCAUCUACAUCCAUUUCUAUACCCUCUUCCGGCCCAACCAGUACGAUCAGCGGAGGAAUAUCGGGGACGAUGGAGAAGAAGAGGAAGAAGAAGAAGGGCCCUCAGACGUUUGCGGAGAUGGGAUUUGUGAGCAAACCGGUUGAAGAGGAUGGUUGUGUAAUCAUGUGAAAGGAGAGAAGGAGGGUAUUUUGUAGCUGUAGAGAAUUGAUAUCACGAACGUCACGAUAUGAUAGCAGGCUUACAUCCUUUGGGACGAUUUAUGUAUCAGAUUGCAUGCC